AUGCCCAAUUCAAACAUGCCUGGCCUUGUCAGUCAACGUGUCUCCUUUCCAGGCCAGGCAGGCGUGAACCAGCUGGGAGGCGUGUUUGUAAACGGCCGGCCCCUUCCCGAUGUGGUCCGCAAGAGGAUCGUCGAGCUCGCCAUAUUGGGAGUACGGCCAUGUGACAUCAGUAGACAGCUACUCGUGUCACAUGGCUGCGUGUCGAAGAUUUUGACAAGAUUCUACGAGACUGGCUCGAUUCGACCUGGAUCCAUCGGCGGUAGUAAGACUAAGCAAGUAGCGACACCAACGGUAGUUAAGAAAAUACUUCGCCUUAAACAAGAGAAUCCAGGGAUGUUUGCUUGGGAGAUCCGCGAGAGGCUACUCAGUGCGAGAGUGUGCGAACCGCACUCUAUACCUUCUGUGUCGUCUGUGAACAGAAUCUUGAGAAACAGCGGGCUGGCGUGGAAUGAAGAUGAGGCGCGCGGUGGACACGAACCAUUUCCGCCGCCUGAAUUACCCCCCAACAUGGUCGACUACAUGACAAUGAAAACAUCGCUACCCACACCAAUGCCUCAACAGACACCAUAUUUUGCUCACACAUCUGUCAGAUUACCACAACCUUCAGAACCUCAUGCAUACGAUCGAAGACUCGCCACAUCAUGGCUCCUAGCAAACCAAGUUCAAGCCCAAGGACUUCUUAAACCUUAUCCAAUUUCUCCUUGGCAAAGAGUCAUGAUGCCUUACCCGGAUUCGAAGAAUUUUUCCCCCUAUGCAUUAAACUUGCAUAGCGAUCUUUUAAAUAGAAUAAACCCUGAAGAAGUUAAAUCAGAAAGUUCUGAACACAUAUCCGUAGAAGCGAGCGAUGACAGCACAGACCGACCAGAUACAGACGAGCAAGAAGUAAAAAGGCCGAGUGAAAAAGAGAAGAAAAAGAAUCCUUAUUCAAUAGAGGAAUUACUGAAGAAGCCUGAUAAAAUCGUUAAUUCACCUCCCGUAGCAUUUCAAAACUAUCUUCGUCAACCUAGUGGCAGUAUGAUUGAAUAUAGCCAAGAAAAAACUUCAAGUGAUAGGAGUUCCCCUGCCAGUUACUGUUCAGUUCAAAGCGGCGUUUCGAACGAUUGUUUCGCUGAUUCUGCCAGUUCGGAAAUUAAAGCGGGAAAUUAA